CACACCCCCGGCUCUGUCGCAUGUUGACGCAUGCGCGCCGCGCGGUGUGCAGGGCCGGCUAUCAUGGCGUCGUACGUGGAGAUCCUGAAGAGCGAGUUUCCGGCCAUGGACCGCGAGCUGUUCGACUACAUCACAGCGGUCCUGGACGGCGGCGGCACAGACUUCGAGGGCAGUGAGGAGGUGUUCGAGGCCAUCGGCGGCGUCCUGCAGGAGGUGUCAGCUGACUCCAAGAACGAGGAGGAGGUCCGAGACAUCUGCGUCCAGAUGUUCAACACGCUCCAGCUGAGCAACCAUCGCGACCCGCAGAGGCAGGUCCUGCUGGACGCUCCGGUCCAGCUGUCCCAGAUCUCUGCAGAAUCCGGUAAGAAGUCCCGUUCCUCAGCCGGAACCUUUGGUCCCCGCCGCCAUGGUGACGCCACACCUGUCUCCUCAGGUCCAGCUGCCAAGGACGUCCAGGGAAUCUGGAUGAUGAAGCGUCCUCAGAACACGAUGGUGGACGCCAAGAAGCUGGAGAAAGCCGAGGCCAAGCUGAAGGCCAAGAAUGAGCGCAGGAGCGAGAAGGACUCGCAGAAAGCGUCUAACCCACUCGUUUUGGAGGAGGCCUCUGCCAGUCAAGCGAGCAGUAAGAAGGAAAACCGCGUGGACCAAUCAGGAAAGAACCGCAGCUACGAUAUCCGCAUCGAGAACUUUGACAUUUCUUUUGGAGAAAGGUGCCUGCUGCAGGGGGCGGAGCUGUCCCUGGCCUCAGGCAGACGCUACGGUCUGAUUGGACGAAACGGUCUCGGGAAGACGACUCUGUUGAAGAUGCUGGCGAGCCGGAACCUGCGCGUGCCGGCGCACAUCUCCAUCCUGCACGUGGAGCAGGAAGUGGCGGGGGACGACACGAUGGCGCUGCAGAGCGUCCUGCAGAGCGACAGUCUGCGCGAGGGCCUCCUGAAUGAGGAGAAGAUGCUAAACGCACGCAUUGCUAACGGAACCGCCGACGGGAUGGAGAGCGUCCGCCUCUCAGAGAUUUACAUGAAGCUGGAGGAGAUCGAGGCAGACAAAGCCCCGGCCCGAGCCUCCGUCAUUCUGGCAGGUCUGGGAUUUUCUCCCAGAAUGCAGCAGCAGGCCACCAGGGAGUUUUCCGGUGGAUGGAGGAUGAGGCUGGCGCUGGCCAGAUCUCUGUUUGCGCGGCCGGACCUGUUGCUGCUGGACGAGCCCACCAACAUGCUGGACGUCAAAGCCAUCGUGUGGCUGGAGAACUACCUGCAGACGUGGCAGUCCACAAUCUUGGUCGUCUCCCACGACAGAAACUUCCUGAAUGCCGUGGUGACGGACAUCAUCCACCUGCACUCGCAGAGGCUGGACAGUUACCGCGGCGACUACGAGAACUUCCUGAAAACCAAAGAGGACCGGCUGAAGAACCAGCAGAGAGAGUACGAGGCCCAGCUGCAGUACCGCCAGCACAUACAGGUUUUCAUCGACAGGUUUCGGUACAACGCCAACCGAGCGGCUCAGGUGCAGAGCAAGCUGAAGCUGCUGGACAAGCUGCCGGAGCUGAAGCCCCUGGAGAAGGAGACGGAGGUCACUCUGAGGUUCCCAGAUAACUUUGAGAAGCUGUCUCCUCCCAUCCUGCAGCUGGACGAGGUAGAGUUCUACUACUCCCCGGACCAGCCCCUCUUCUCGGGUCUGAACCUGUCGGCUGACCUGGAGUCCCGGAUCUGCAUCGUGGGAGAGAACGGCACCGGUAAAACCACCAUCCUGAAGCUCCUGAUGGGAGAGCUGACGCCGCUCAACGGAGUCAGACAAGCUCACAGGAACCUGAAGAUCGGUUACUUCAGCCAGCACCACGUGGACCAGCUGGACCUGAACGUCUGCUCUGUGGAGCUGCUGCUGAACAAGUUUCCCGGACGGACGGAGGAGGAGUACCGCCACCAGCUGGGGGGCUACGGCAUCACCGGGGAGCUGGCCACAAGGCCGGUGGCCAGCCUGUCCGGGGGCCAGAAGAGCCGAGUGGCCUUCGCCCAGAUGACCAUGCCGAGUCCAAACUUCUACAUCCUGGACGAGCCGACCAAUCACCUGGACAUGGAGACCAUCGAGGCUCUGGCCAAGGCCCUCAACAAGUUCAAGGGCGGAGUCAUCCUGGUCUCCCACGAUGAGCGUCUGAUCCGCUCCGUCUGUAAGGAGCUGUGGGUGUGCGAGGGCGGGAAGGUUUGGCGCAUCGACGGCGGCUUUGACGAGUACCGGGACAUCCUCCACGAACAGUUCAAGAAGGAGGGUUACCUGUGACCACACCCACCCAUGCCGUGACCCCGCCCCCGUCAGAGGAGCACCUGCAGCGCCUGAACUCGUCCGCUCUUCCAGAGCCCAGACUGAACAUUUUUCCUCUGCUGUCUCACCUGCCGUUCAGGUGAGCUGCAGAGAGGGAAUGGGUUGGCUGAGGUCACCUGGUGACGUCACAGAACUCUGGGGGAGGAGCCUCUCGUCUGAGCGAUUUCAUUGGUCAGAGCAGAGUGUGAGAACUAAAGACUGUUAAGUCCUGAAAUAAAGACCUGAGUCCACCUGA